CCGAACAGAGUAGGAAACUAAAGGUGCAAAAGUAAAUAGCAGCACAAAUAAAACAACGUGAAGCGAAACUCGUCCAUUCUACCGUGGUUCAACUAUCGGAGCAGCUAACGAUACCGCCACCGCAUGGAAAAGUGUGGAAACCUUCCGUUUUCCCGAGUUCUGGGAUCGCCACGGAGACUGGUGGUGUGGCCUUGUGUGUCGCGAGGUACCGAAAACCCGUAGAAGCGCAAAACCAGCCAUCGCCAUCGUGCUAGCAGCGACACCGGUUUAGCGUUCGCUGCUGGCACAGUACUGCUCGAGCACUGUUGCUGGCGUGUGGCGUUUUGUCUGGUCCGGUUCGCGCGCUUUCGUGACUUUCCUUAAUCGCGUUUCACAGAUCCACUAUACGAUACGGCGUAACUGGUUGCUGCAGGAAAUCGGAAAAUCGUUUCACCUCCACGAUGCGACACUGCAUUCGGUUCGAUUAAAUGCACCGUGUCGCCGCCCCGGUGCUAGUGGUUAUCGUCCCGUUGAAAGGUUAUUAGUCAGUGAAUUUAUCACGUUUGGUUGAUGGUGCGCGUCAUACGGAGUGUGUUGGAAAUGUGAUGCGGAAGGCUGAGAGCGACCAGGCGUCUCCAUGGGCGCUAGUAAGCCGUAUCACUUUUCCAUUAAUCCUAGUCUUACCGACACUUCGAUCAGUGUGGUGAAUGGCGAUUAGUGCAUCUUGUUUCAUCCGUGAUUGCUUGCAGCGUAGAAAACGAUAAAAGGAAAACAUGGAAAAAGAAAAUGCAAAACUGCAAAUGGAGACGCCUGGUGUUUUAUGAAAAUAAAAUCUUUUACGGAGAAAGCAAACGACAGAGACGGUAGAAAACAAACGACAGCGAAGCUUCGUUUCUAACGACCUAUCAAAUAGUUUUCAUCCCACUGCAUCUUAUGCAUUUUGUUCGCUGAUUCUGCGAUGGGAAACACUCAGGUUGUAUAGCUCUCGUCCGCAGUAAACAGAGCAACGUGAUCAUGACGAAUGUGUCUAGUGCGGUUUGCCAAGUCACACAAACCGGAAUAGUUGACACAUAAGCGUUAAUGAAUGCAUGCGACUAUAAACACGGAAGACGUUUGUUCAAAUCAAGGUAGAAAAGGGAAUGUUUAUAGUGGUUUACAAAUAUACUAUUUGCGCUGCAUUCAGUGUAAAACACUACAAGUGAAUACAUCCUUAUCACAAUCAUUACAGGUGGACAGACAAUUCAUGGCAACUAUUUAAGAGUUUAACUGCAGUGACGGACUUUUAUUUAAAUGGCAUGAUUGUAUAUAAAUAUUCGAACUGGGCUACCAAUGCAUACCAACGGCAGGUUUAAUGCGCCGAUUGAAACCCCUUCUGGUGGUAUUCGUUCGAGUGUGACCGAGAUUCGCUUUCAUCUUGUAACAUGUUAGCUUUCCCACCCACGUCAAAACCACAACACUGUACUCAACUGUCCAAUCUAUUUACAUUCGAUCCAGGUUGUGUAAUCAACCAGUCAGGUGCAGUGCAAUGUUGCACACAUAAUUUCCAGGCAGCAGCAAGUACAGCAUGAUUAAAUUGUGCUUUGUUAACAUAGCUUCAACAUGUAACUAGUAAUGAGCAAUGGAAUGGCUAAUGAUGAAAAUGCUGCAUGUAAAAUAGAAUGUUGUUUGCAAUUGCAUUUGUGAAUCGAUUUCAAAAAAUAAUAAAUACGGUUUUCGUGUAACUAUUGCAAUAUAAUCCAUAUUGUAGAUGUUUAGAAUUCUUAUACUAUUUCUUUCUCGUGAUAUGAACCACUUGAGAAUUCAAUUUGAAAAGCGUUCCAUGCCUUUUGGAUCGUAUUCUUAUUCGUUAAUGAACAUUGGGAUGACAGUAAAUGUCAUUAGCAUUAAUGGCAAGGUGUACUACACGCUCUUCAAAAGAAAAAAAAUGAUUUAAAAAUUCUCAGCAAUUCAGCGUCAGUUUGUAAAUCAUUUCCGAAAAUUCACUCUCAAUCGGGCCUGUGAAAUCACUCGAUCUAAGUUGAUGUUUUAUUUGCCAUACCUUCUCAAGCAAACGAGACGAACAAUUUACGAUGUGUUUGAAUAAUUUUUGUUCGCUUAGUGCUUUCACAGUACCUGUAGACUUCAGCCAACAAAAGCGCCCAAUAUUCUGGAAUCUAUUUUACGUUCUCAAUACCCUGAUAUGGUAUUGGGUAUGCACUGAUUGAAGUUGAUUUAAUGUGCUAAAAUCUCAACCCAACAAACACGAGAAAAGAUAGAUUUUGUGUGUGUAAGUAUGCGCUGCAUGCAGCGUACAAGGAACGCGUCUUGUCUGUGUCUCGUACAACAGCUCUCCUACCGCUACAGCGCUGGUAAUAUCCUUUUCGCUUUAGUACAUGUUGAAUACCUGAUGCCUUUGCCGUUGUGAAAGUGUGCCACUCGUCGUCAGUUUGAAUGUUCACGUCAACGGUAUCAGUCAGCAUGGCGAAGCUCAGCUCCACCACUCACUCGGUUGCGGUUUUGGCAUAGUUAUGAGGGAUCGGUGUUUGAAGCACACAGUUGAGAGUGCCAGCGUGAGUGUCUGUGAGUGUCAGUUGUGAUAUCUUGCACUGCCUUUGUUUAUGUUGUGUUGACAAGAAAUGAAUAUUGCAAGUGUUGAGAUGUUUUCUGUAAGCUGGUCCGUAAGGAAUCACUUCCACACAUAACGGACGGUGAAUGUUUACGUAUCUCUCACUCUAUCUGAGGCAGUGUGUGAUAAAGCGAACUGUGAAUAUCUUCCAUCUGGAGUGUGCUGUGCUAUUGUCGAAGGUGCUAGUAAGUUGACAACAGCAUCAGUGUGUCCUUAGAGAAAUAGUACCCCGAAGUCACGUGGUGCUUCAAACUAGGAAAAUCCUUCCAUAAUCCGGCCGUUGUUGGUCGUGAAAUAUUGUGGUCUAAAAGAGUGCUUUACGGUGUGUAAAGCUGCUGAAGAGCGUGUGAUAGUGUGAGUGUGUGUGUGUGUGUCAAAGUUGUGUGCAGGCUUACAUGCAUGUGGCGCAUCAUAGUGCAUUACACGUGGUUCUUCGUUGCAUUCUGCUGCGAGUGGAGUUGAUCGUGGCUAGUAGAUAGUGGCUGACAGGCAGAAAGAGCGAUAGAAGGCAAAGGAGUGAGCGAAAACCAAAGCGAAAAACGUGUCCAAACGCACAAAAAAGCUGGCUUCUGGUGAAUGUGUUCCUGUGACAGUGUUCAAGCAAUCGACGGUGUGUUUCUCGUGAGCGGCUUAACUUCACGCGACAUCCAGCUAACCAGUCAGCCAGUCAUCAAUCGGAUUCUGCCAGGGGAAAAUUACCAAUCCUAUCGCACUAUCCAUCCCAAUCGUUCCUGUAGCUUCCUUUUACGCCCGUCACUUCCUAAUAUCCUGUGCAUCCUUCCAGUACGUACCGAGCUUCUAAAUCUCCUUGUACUACCGGCGGUGUGUCAGUGCGGUUAAAAGAAAGGAGGAGGAAGAACGGGAACGGGAGCGGACCGCCGCAGCGGCGGCCCACCACUGCCGCCGGGACCAUCCAUCACACCAUCACCAACACCAUCAUCGUCAUCAGCAUCACAACCAAAGUCCCGCAGCCUCUGUCUCCUCCGCCAGUACGGCGUCCUUAUCGCUUGCGUCAUCAUCCACACCACCUUCCUCGCCGAGUUCACCGCUCGCGCCCUCUGGCGGGGAGCCGGCGAAGCAGCACCGUUCCGCCGGGCUGCUUCGGACCGCGCGCGAAAGCUUCAUAGGGCGGAGACAGCAACGAAACGUACCGGGUUCAGGUGGUAGCGAGAAACCGGGAAGCAGCACAACAACACCACCAACCGUCACCUCGCCGUUGCUUGUGAAAGCCAAGGAAAAGUGCAAACUGUUCAGUAUGCAGCGUCAACAGUACCAACACUGCCACUCACAGUCCAUCGAGAUGGACGUCUACGAUACGGAAGGUGAACCCACCGAUGAUCAACCCUUUGUGUCGAAAGGAGACAAAAUCGAUACUAAUCUGUACCUUUACUCGGAUGACAUUCAAGAACGUCCGCAUGUCACCACGCUCAUUUCGUCCCUGGCAAACUACUCGAAUACGAUCCCGGCAGCUACGGAUCCCGAUGCCAAACCAGCACCUGCCUCCGCCCGCAUGGGCACACUCAUCGGUGUCUAUCUGCCGUGCAUACAGAACAUUUUCGGUGUAAUUUUAUUCAUCCGUUUAACCUGGGUUGUCGGUACGGCUGGAGCCAUAUUCGGGUUUUUAAUCGUAUUAUGCUGUUGCUGUGUGACCAUGUUGACUGCCAUUUCCAUGUCGGCCAUUGCCACGAACGGGGUAGUACCGGCGGGUGGCAGCUAUUUCAUGAUAUCGAGAUCGCUGGGGCCCGAAUUUGGUGGCGCUGUUGGGAUGUUGUUCUACACAGGAACAACUUUAGCAGCCGCUAUGUACAUAGUUGGUGCGGUAGAGAUCGUACUGACCUACAUGGCGCCCUGGCUAUCAAUAUUCGGUGACUUCACCAAGGACGCAUCGGCCAUGUAUAACAACUUCCGCGUCUACGGUACCGGUUUGCUGUGCGUGAUGGGUCUGAUCGUGUACGUUGGAGUAAAGUUCGUGAACAAAUUUGCCACCGUCGCCCUGGCAUGUGUCAUCUUCUCGAUCAUUGCUGUCUACGCUGGCAUUUUCGAUAACAUCGAUGGAAACGAUAAGCUAUUCAUGUGCGUGCUUGGAAAAAGAUUGCUAAAGGAUGUGGCCGUUGCAAACUGCUCGAAGGAUGAGGGUGGUGUGUUGUGGAACUACUUCUGCGCCUCCGGGGAAUGUGAUCCAUACUUCAAAGAGCAAAACGUAUCGCUGGUUCGUGGCAUCAAGGGAUUGAAGAGUGGUGUCUUCUUCGACAACCUUCUACCAUCGUUCCUGCAGGAGGGACAGUACAUUGCGUACGGUUUGGAUCCGGAACACAUCGAACCAUUGGACCGUCCGAGCUACAACCAGGUGUACGCUGACCUUUCGACUGCCUUUACGAUUCUGAUCGGUAUCUUCUUCCCAUCGGUAACAGGUAUUAUGGCCGGCUCGAACCGCUCCGGUGACCUGGCGGACGCACAAAAAAGUAUUCCCAUCGGUACGAUCGGUGCCAUCCUAACGACCUCGACAGUGUAUCUGUCGUGUGUGUUGCUGUUUGCCGGUACCGUGGACAAUCUACUGCUGCGUGACAAGUUCGGACAGUCCAUUGGUGGCAAGCUGGUGGUAGCGAACAUGGCCUGGCCGAAUCAGUGGGUCAUUCUGAUCGGAUCCUUCCUUUCAACGCUCGGUGCUGGUUUGCAGAGUUUGACCGGUGCACCGCGUUUGCUGCAGGCUAUCGCGAAGGAUGGUAUAAUCCCGUUCCUGGAACCCUUUGCCGUCUCGUCCAAGCGUGGUGAACCAACGCGUGCUCUCAUUCUCACGCUGCUGAUCUGCCAAUGCGGCAUUCUGCUCGGUAAUGUCGAUCUGCUCGCUCCGCUACUAUCCAUGUUCUUCCUGAUGUGUUACGGCUUUGUCAACUUGGCCUGUGCCCUGCAAACUCUGCUCCGUACACCGAACUGGCGUCCCCGCUUCAAGUACUACCACUGGUGUCUAUCGCUGAUUGGCUUGACGCUUUGUAUUUCGAUCAUGUUCAUGACGUCGUGGUACUUUGCACUGAUUGCGAUGGGAAUGGCCGUCCUGAUUUACAAGUACAUCGAGUACCGCGGCGCCGAGAAGGAGUGGGGUGAUGGUAUUCGAGGUAUUGCCCUGUCUGCCGCCCGGUACUCACUGCUCCGUCUCGAGGAGGGACCACCGCACACGAAGAACUGGCGCCCGCAGAUUCUGAUGCUGGCCAAGAUGAACGAUGAUUUCACACCGAAGUAUCGCAAACUGUUCUCGUUCGUGUCGCAGCUGAAAGCUGGCAAGGGUUUGGCCGUAGUGGUAUCGCUCAUUCCGGGCGACUUUACUAAACGUGCUGGUGAAGCGGCCGCUGCCAAGCAAGCGCUUCGCAAAGUUAUGGACGAUGAGAAAGUGAAGGGUUUCUGCGACGUGCUAGUGGCGUCCAACAUUGCCGAUGGACUUUCACACGCCGUGCAAACCAUCGGUCUCGGUGGCAUGAAGCCGAACACGGUCAUCAUCGGUUGGCCGUACGGUUGGCGUCAAAGCGAGCACGAUCGCACCUGGCACGUGUUUCUACAAACGGUGCGCCACGUCAGUGCCGCACGAAUGGCACUGCUCGUCCCGAAAGGCAUCAACUUCUUCCCGGCCAUCGGCGAUAAGAUUGCUGGAAACAUCGAUAUCUGGUGGAUUGUGCACGAUGGUGGUCUGCUGAUGCUGUUGCCGUUCCUGCUGAAACAACAUCGCUCGUGGAAGAACUGCAAGAUGCGUAUCUUUACCGUCGCUCAGAUGGAAGACAACUCUAUCCAAAUAAAGAAGGAUCUCAAGAUGUUCUUGUACCAUCUGCGUAUCGAGGCGGAAGUGGAAGUCGUCGAAAUGAUGGAUAGCGAUAUCUCGGCGUACACCUACGAGCGGACGCUUAUGAUGGAGCAGCGCAACCAGAUGCUGAGAAAACUUCGAUUGAACAAACGGGAAAAGGAGAACGUGGUGGAUAAUAUGGUGGAGUUCUCUCAGGCCACUGCUAACGGAGAGGAUCGAACACCGCUGGUGCAAGCCAUCGUUGACCAUCACCAUCACAAUGAUAACAAUACCAAGACCGCGUCCAAGGUUCGAUUCGCUGAUCCAUCGGAAAACAAAGAAUCCGGAAACGAUGAAGCCGACCGGGAGGAAAAGAAUGAGACUGAAUCCGAAAAGGACAAGGACACCACCGAGAACGACAAGGAUGCGGCAGGUGCCGAUAAACUUGCCAACAAUGUGUCUAUCUCGCCCAUCAAGGACAAGAAGGGCGGUGGCGAUGCGACGAAGGUGGCCGACGAUGUGAAGUCUGCCUUCAAGCCGGAUGAGGGCAACGUCAGAAGAAUGCACACGGCUGUGAAACUGAACGAGGUUAUAGUGAACAAAUCACACGAUGCUCAACUGAUCAUACUCAAUCUACCCGGCCCACCGAAGGAAACGUACAUGGAGCGGGAAAGCAACUAUAUGGAAUUCUUGGAGGUCCUUACCGAAGGUCUCGAGCGAGUGCUGAUGGUGCGAGGCGGUGGUCGAGAAGUCAUUACGAUCUACUCUUAAAUUGAAGUCAGCAGAAACAAAAAACACCACAUCGAUCGCAUCCGCUCAUCUCGUCAGGCAAAACUGCUUCGUCUAGUUUUCCACAUCCGCUUUCCUCGACGACGAUGACAACGAGUGCGCUUGCGGAAACCGAUAUUACACACUCAUCCUUUCACUGUGCGCGGAUCGCCAUCACGUCCUCUAGCUGUAAGGAUGCAAACGUUUCUUCCCUCUACAGAUACACAUGGAGCAGCACUCGAACCAAACACAAACAAACAAACAGCUCGAUCAAACCGAAGGCCCACUACGCUCGAAACGGGGGCCAGUUUGAAGCUAGCUUUUCGAAUAGAAACCGUAGUAUUAAAAUCAAAACAAAACAAAUGUUCUAAGUGUCAUACGUUCGGUUGCGAAGUAUUGAAACGAUACCUUUAGUACCGAUCGUGAGAAAUCUGUUAAACUGUCCCCUAAAUGUUAUUACAGCAGGAUUCGAUUAUAGGAAACGAAUUCGAUUUUUUUUUGUAUUAGCGUUGAACCUUUAGUCGUAAAAGGGGAAAAAGGAAAAAGAAAUGAAACAUCGGCAUUCAAACCACCGAAAGAACUGUUACGAAAACGAAGACAACCUGUUCGAUUGUUUGUUGUCCUUUCGGUUUCGGUUAAUUAUUUUCCAGUUUUCCCUCUUCAAUUUUUCCCCCGGGUGUUUUUGGACGUACCUUAGUUACAUCGUUACGGAAACAUUUAUUGGCGCAUCUCGAAACGAGUGCCUCGGUGUAAUGUGCUGUGCCCAGUACAAAGUACAAACCCCAAAAUCCGACCGCACAUGCGCCGACUGUCACAUGACAUAUAGUCCUACAGGAGAAUAAGACCUCCAUUCCUUCGUUUACCCCACUCUCUCUCCCUCUGUCAUCUAGCCCCCUAGCCUCCUCUCCCCACUCAUCUCCUUUCUAUAAACCGAGCGGAUAGGUUUACCGGGAUUCGAUGUGAUAAGUUUAACGCGUUUAACUGUUUUAGCAAUGGGUGAAACGAAACAUUUCCCAACGACGGAAUAGCUCUCGCGCAAUGAUGCCUCAUGCGAGGUAUCCUGAGAAUGAACAAAACAAACCCCCACACAAUAGACAACAACAUCCCAUUAAGUACCGUCGAUGAAAUGUUUUCCGCGCACGGCAGCAGAAACAGAAGACUUUUUGCGUUGUGCUGUCUGUCCACCUGAACCUAAUGUUGCAGUAUAGUAGAACUCUUACGUGCCUAUAGUCUGUUUAACUCGAACCAAAACUGCAACUACAAUUGCGGAAGCGGAAACAGAAAGAGAAAAGGAAGAACAAACAAACACAUACAACACAUACACACACACAUGCAGAUGCUAAGAUAAUAUUAUCAACGCCGAUACCAAAAUACAAAGACUUUGAGACUCGAACAACGGCAUGUAGACCCCCGGGAGAUACGGAAUGCGAAUGAGGCCUCGCAGCAUCCCACAAAACAGAACUAUCAGCAACUCCCUGGGUGGAUUUUGUUUUAAGUUUUAUGUUGUUUAGUCUUUUGUUAUUAACAUUAAGUAGUACUUGCUGUGUUUUAUUCUGUUUCAUCGAAGAUGAGUUAUACGGAUAGAUUGUAUCGCAGCAGUGAUCGCUGGCUGAUUUGAUGUACCGAUUUAAGAGCUUAUUGUUUUGUUAUCUUUUUUUUUCAUUUCAUUUGAAAGAAACUAUGCUUUAAUUUGUUUUUUUUUUUUGUAUACAUUCUAAUUCCAGGUAAGUAUGUGAUUUUUUUUUAUUUAAUUUGUUUCUUACAAUUUUACAAUUCGUUUGCUUUCUUCUCGCGGAUUUGCUGUUGUUAAGGGCACACCUAAAGCUACUACACCAAUAACUGAAAACGGAUUUAGUCGGUGAGCGAAUAAUACAAAAUUCCUCGGCCUACAUACAAAAACCCACGUGGAAACACAUUUACAAACAAUUAGUACGAAGUAAACAUCUUCUCACGGACACGCACCCUCAUGGACAAAUGGCAAAAAUAAAAAAAACACGUUGAAAUGCAAUCUCUACAGUAGAAAUAUUAGAAAUUAGACACUAAUGUAACACAACGCCGAAAAUAUUACUAAAACCGGAAAAAAAUCAUUCAAAAAUUAAGACAACAAACAUACACGCCUGAUUACAAACGCAGAUGUUCAACUUCUGUGCAAAUCGCGUGCGUACAGUAUCUUGCGCAAAUACAUUCAUAGAGGACAUUUACAAACAAACAACAAAACAAAGAAAUGAUAUUAACAUAUUUAAGACUGUGUUUUUAAGUUGAUUUUUCUUGUCUCCAUUUGUUGUAUACCAAAUCAAAUGGAAGCACAAAAAAAACAAACAAACAAACAAAGAAAUGUGUGCGAAAACGAUUGAAGAAGCAAAACAAAAAGCCAAAUUCCCCACCACCACCCGAAAUGCCGUGCGGUGGGUUAUUAGCGGCGAAAACAUUACAAUUUAACAUUUACCAAGUUUGCGAAUAUGUUAUUAUUAUUACAACAAAAAAAAACAACAACAAAUAAUUAUAAUGAUAAACUAAAAAUUUAGUCGUAAGUAGCCGUAAAGGUCGACUAGUUUCCGUCGAAUCGGCGUAUGCAUCUUUGAAGCUAAGAACAUACAACAAAACAGAAGAACAGAAGGGAACCUAAAGGGAAAAGAAGAGAACAGAACAACACAGCAGAACAACAAUAAUAUACAAAAACAAGUCAAAACUUCUUAAUCUUUCAUAUAUAUACAUAUAAAGAUAUACAGAAAUCGUGCAUCUAGGAUUACUGGUGAAGCGAAAUGGCAAAACGUACAUUAAAUAAGAUAAGCAAACAAUUAGAAGUGAUUAAUGAAUAAUCGUAGUAAAUCGAAGUGGGCACGUGCAACUGAUUUGAAUUAAAUCGAUUUUCGUUUCUUUUGUGCUUUCAUUAUUUCAUCAAAAUAUCUUUCCUUUAUAUUUAAUUUCUUGUUUACUGUAUUUUCCAACAGUUAUCUCCAUUUGUUUUCUUUUUAAUGGUACAACCGCUACUUCAAAGUUGAUUUAAUUUCUUUACUUUUAAAUUUGAUUUUAUAUUCAGCUAGAAUUUCCGUUUUGGUAAAUCCUAUGAGUAAAAUAGUUAGAUUUAGUUAGCUCCAUAUGAAAGCAAGCACUAGCGUACGUGGCAUUAGUCCUAUACCUGUACCGUAGUAGAUUAUAACCUAUGAAAUUGAUUACUUCUAAAAUUAAAUAUAAACCAACCAAAAAAAAAAACUUAUUCCAACCUGUUGUGCGAUUGUAUCGAUCGUGCGACAGUGGUAGGAAAAGCAAGGACACACUCAUGAAAUUAACAUAAUUUUAUUGCAUAGGUUCAUUUUCGGAGCGAGAACGGGCAAAGCGAGCGAGCCAGUUGGACGGAUUUUGAAUGGUUUGUAGUGCAAGGAGUUACGGACAUGUUGAUGAACCUUUGAUCAUCACGGACAAUCCUUGUGUUAGACAAAGAAGGACAAAGAAGGAAAAACGAUAAGAUCGUGUAAAGGGCCAGGUGCGAACUCAACGUAAGCGAAGAAAAGCGACGAAAAUAACCUUUAUCUAAUACAUAGGAAGUAAGGAAAUCCUAGUAACGGAAGUAAUAACGUUGUGCGUUUAGAAAGUAAAAAAAAGUAACGAAAAAAAGCAAACACACGAACAUAAACACAAGAAGAAUGAAAAUCUGCAAAGGUUAGAACACAUGCACACUCAUUUUUAGAUAAUUGUAACUGUUUACAUUAAUACUAGUCAAGUAGUAGUAAAUUUUAUCCUCCCUCUCUUUCUCUGUUCGCUUCUCGACAGAUGUAGAAACAAGACAAAAGUAAAGCGAAAGAUAUAUAGCUAACAAAGGAAAACAAAACGAAGCGUGUAUAGUUAAAGAUAAGAAAGACAAAAAAAAACAAAAGAAAAGUAAAACUAGAAAAACGAGGUGGGACAAAAAUUAACAAAAUCCAAACUAUUCUACCACAAACGUGCGUGCAAAGGUGUUCGCAAAAAGGGUUGAGAAUGCAGGCCAGUAUUACAACCGAUGGAUGAAAUACAACAAAUGUGCAAUGCCAGGGGCAAAAUAGAGAGAGGAAUAAGUGUUUAAAGCAGUUGGCAAAAUAUACAAGAGAAGCGAUUAAGUUCUCAACCCAACAGGACACCUUUACGGUGCGCGAAUUUGAUGGAGGGAAAAGUUAUAGCUCAUUUACUGUGAAACAAAAGAACAAACGUUUAAAUCAAAUUAUAAAGUCUAGCAGUCUGGAAAGAGAGAGAUGCACUCCGACAACCAAAACCGAACAGAAAACAAACUACGGUUUGAUUAGGGAAGAAGAAAAACUGAAAGUAAGAAGACAACAUUGAAAGCAAAACAAAAACAAACAUACAUAACCAAGAAACUCGAUAGCUUAGAUUGUAACUGAGUAAACAAACAGAAAAUAGAAAAGAUCGAUCUCGUCUAGGUCGGUUUAGUGCGGUGAAGAAGUGCUAUUUAAUAUUAUAGGUUAAUGUGUCUAGAGUCUAUCCAUUUCAGCAUAACACUUAGCCAAUAUAUGCAAAAAAGAAAGAAAAAGAAAAACAAUAAAAAGAAGAAGAAAAUUAUAAGAAAAAACAUAACACUCAUCGACACACAUACACGCACAUAAAUGCAAACAGACGGAAACGCGGGAAAGUGUGGGAAAAUAAACAGUCGGUCCAGGUAGUCGAUUACUCCUACACACAAACACCACUGCACACCCACACUUCUCUACCAUUUCGAGAGUAUAUUACACUCGAAUUUGCGAAUUGUAUCGUUAUUUCUUGUGUUUCUUUUCAUUUAUCACCCUACUUGUAACGGAACUACGUACUUGUAACAGCUGCUGUUGCCCGGGCAACAGCGCUCGACAACAAUCAUAAAGUCAAUGGCUACUAUUUAACGUUCAUCCUUACUAAACCUCUAAGCACUUAAUCAAACAAAACUGCUCUUUCUCUUUCUCUCUUUUUUAUGAACACAUCCUUAACCAAAUAUGAAAACGAAAAAUGAAAAUACACACAAUGGAGGAUACAUUUAUAAAUAACAAAAAAGAAGCUACUUAUCAAACACUGUCACCUAACAGGUGUAUCCCGGAUUUUAACAACCAUAAGAUAACAAACCCAUUGGCAUCUUUCUCAUAAUCACAAUCAAAAUGUCCACUUUUAUUGAUAGAUGAAAAAAAAACAUACACGCGUAAAACAUUUGUAAUUCGUGCUAGUAAACCCAUUCCUUGGCAUCACCCGACCGCUCUAAACUUCCCACACAUCCAUACACAGACACAAAACAACACGAAAAACAUAUUAAAAGAAACUGUAUGAAAUCUCUUAAAGCAAUAAAUCAUUGAUAAAACGUUGAGCGAUGGGUUGCAAAAGAUGUAUGCAGAAAACGGAAGUAAUGGUCUAAUGAAAUGGCAUGUUAAUCAAAAUUGAAAAAGCAAAACAAGAUAAGAAAAGUCACAACAAUUGAUGGGAUGUGUUUAGAAGGAAAUCAAACAACGUCGAUGGUAGUAUUAGUACUUUACCCUUGCAAACAAGCAAACAAACGAACGGACGAA